GCCGAGCGAGCGGAGCGGCGGCGGCGGCGGCGGCCCGGGCCGGCCGGCGGUCGCACCAUGGUGGCCAAGCAGCGCAUCCGCAUGGCCAACGAGAAGCACAGCAAGAACAUCACGCAGCGCGGGAACGUCGCCAAGACCUCGAGGACGGCCCCGGAGGAGAAGGCGUCGGUCGGGCCCUGGCUGCUGGCGCUGUUCAUCUUCGUGGUCUGCGGAUCAGCCAUCUUCCAGAUCAUCCAGAGCAUCCGGAUGGGGAUGUGAGGGGCCCGUCGCCGGGCCGGGCCCGUCCGCGCCCCCCCCCCCAGCGCUGCCAUGAACUGUCCCCCCCGGCCGGCGCCCCGUCAGCCCCGGUUCGUCGCAGCAGCUGGCGAGGAGCGGUGCUCGGCAUCGGCCGCGUCGCAUUCCAGGUCCCUUCACGAGUCAUUCCGAGUUUUCUAGCCCGUGCCACAGUGCCUUGAACAGCACCACAUGUAUAAAGCAAUAAAAUUAUAUUGUUGAUCUACAA